CGUUUCUGCUAAAUUAUAUAAGUUGGUCGUACGAGGCGUUUACGGAUCAGUCAAAACUCUUCCUGCAUUGUCAACCGUUAUUUGCUUUACUUUCAAAUAAAAAUCUCCAAUUAAUAAUUUCUUAAAAUGGGUGACCCAGCUAACGAUCUCAUGGAUCAAAGCAUGACAAGGUUCACGCAUUCUUUAAUUCCUUCAGAUGAAUACAUGGAAAAGCUCAAAACGGCUGCUGAAAAGGUUCGGAAACUUUUACAGCUGAAAAGUCGUUACGGCGUUGAUCGGGUUAUUUAUGCUGGAAGCGUAGGGAAAUCAACGGGUAUUUUAGCCCCGGACAUGGACCUUGUCGUAUUUCAAAAUAAUGAAAUGCCCCCAUUUGAGAAAGUUUUGGACGAGUGGGAGGAUAUUUUAACCUCAGCGAGGGGAUAAAGCUGACCAAGGAUGGAAUAAAAAAGACAAAUAUCUCCCUGCAGUUCACAUUUGAAGAAGGGAUUGAGAUGGAUUUGCUUCCUGCUACUAACUUUGUUCACGGAAUAAAACCUGAGGGUCCACUUUUGGCUAAGAAACAAUCUGACGCUGUCCUGAAUGAAAUGGACAAGUCAAUGUCUCACUUGUACAGCUCGAGUUUGUCAGAGUCCCAAGUUUACUUUAUGAAAGAACAGACUUCUUUUACCCAUGAUGUUGUACGUCUUGCAAAAUUUUGGUUUAAAAGCCUUUAUCUCGGUGAGCGACCAAUUUAUGGUGUCAAGACCAUUCUGGAGCUGAUUGCUGUUGCAGCUUCCAUGAAGGAAGAAGACCGGGACAAAAAGUCACUGCUCCGAACAUUUGCCACGUUCUUGGACAAUGUUGUUCGGAUUGAUAAGCUUCGUCUCAAGUUUUCGAAUAACAAUGGACGAUGGGAAUUGGAAAAUACUCGGGAUAACAAUACAUACAGAGCUGGAUUACCCACCGAUAAUUACAUUAUCGAACCUUCAAAUCCGUACAACAAUUUGGCAAAGGAAAUGAUUCACCGUGACAAAGAAGUCAAAAAUCUCAAAGAGUUUGCCAAGAUUUCCAGACUUCGGAUUUCUCACGCUAUGAGAACCAAUCAAGUUUCUGUUGACUCAGUGUUCAACCUGUUUCGACCGUUGCCAACUUCUCUUUAUCGGAUCUGUUUUAGCGACAUGGACAGUCCAGAAAUGAUUUUGGGAGGAGAUGCAUCCUUCCGGAGGUACAAUCCGGAUAUGAAAGUCCAGAAUGAAAAUAUAAUGAAGAAACCUGGAAGGAAAGAAUUUCUCGAUGCAGUAAAAAUCUUUCUCUCAUCUGCCGUGAACGCUGGAAGUGCAGCACUGAUUGCAAAUAAUAAGGAAGUUACGUUGGCUGAUGUGAAACAAAAAGUAGAGCAAAUGAUUGACGAGGACUUAAAGGGGACGUCACAUACUGCGUGGUCUCCGGCUACCGAUCGGUUCGAGGAUUAUGAUGUUGUCUUUACAGUACCAAUUUCCAACAAUUUGGAAAUGGGUGGGGUAAAAAUUGGCUUUCGAUGGAAGUAAGAUGAGCAAGAUGUUGUGUGAAGUGUGACUUGGUGUUUUUAAAAAAAUAACUAUGUAAUUGAUUAUUGAUUAUUAAACUGACUGGUUGUUGUCUAUUUUUAAUAAUAAUUUCAUACAAUUAAAUAAUGUAUAUUUAUAUUUAAAUAUAACUCUAUUUAGCAUUAUGUAUUUCUUUCGGAUUAGGUUAUCAGAUUAUUCCAUAUAUAAAUAU